AUGGCGGACCGACAAGCAGUUCAGCAAACGCUCAACAGCCAGCUCUCCAAGCUGGAUGAUCCCGAUCCAGACAUGCGAUACAUGUCCUUGAAUGACCUGCUAGGAGUUCUCAAUAGUCCCAGUUCAUCAUACUUGGCACAUGACCAAAGCUCCUCCACACGUCUCGCCGACGGCCUCCUGAAAGCUUUGGACGAUCAACAUGGUGACGUCCAAAACCAGGCGCUGAAAUGCCUCGGCCCCCUCGUCGUUCGCCUACCUACCGAGAGCCUUUCCUCGAUCCUUGAGAAACUGUCCCAUUUGACAGCCUCGCAGACCAUCGAUACCUCCGUCCCAAACACCGCAUUGAGAACCAUCGUCACGGCCCUUCCCCGCCCCCAGUCCGGUCAAAUGCCAAGUCAGGAGGCUUCCAUGGCCUACGCGGCGGUUUCGAAGGUGCUCAUCCCUCGGUUGACCGGUCCGACGCAGUCUCGCACGAGUCGACGAGGAUCGGUUGUCAAGGGUAUGCUGGAGAAGGAUCCGUCCAAGGGAUUCAGCAGCGAUGCGAUCGACGUCCUCAUUCAAGUGGUUACCUGCUUUGGGCCGCUGCUGAAGGAGGCUGAAUUGACGGAGCUGCAGAGGUCAGUGAUGGCAGUCAUCGAUAAUGACACGGCCGGCACCGUGGUCACGAAAAGGGCGCUGGCAGCCAUUUCCGUCCUGGUCUUGCAUUUCUCCGACCACCAGUUUGGCGCUUUUGUUGAAGAGCUGGUCGCGCGCUUCAAUGUCCCGCAACUGAGCAUCGUCCACCGUCGUCACUUGAUCGCCACGGUGGGAAGUAUCGCAAGGAGCGCCCCGGUGAAGUUUGGUCCUCAUCUGCCGACGUUGGCUCCGUAUGUCUUCUCGGCGGUUGGGGAGGAUGAUUUGGAAUAG